AUGUUCGAUCGUCUUCUGUCGCAGUUCAGCCGAAAGCGUGUCGCCUCCGAGAGUGUCGUCGCCCAGCAGCAACUGACCGACAAGACGAAUGUCUAUACUGUUAAACCGCAAGAUCCAAAUCUUGAAAAGAAACAGAAGUUUACACCGGUACAAAAAGUGUGCCUCAAGUGUCUGGCUGGUGAGAGUGGCCACAUCACACACGUCUUGUCGAAUCUUUCCAAUUGA